GCGCAAUAGGAGGGCAACUCAUGAAGCUUCCGCUUUCUCAACUAGAGGCAUUUACUUUAAACCACCCAUCAGGCUGGACUUAGUUCUGAAGCGUCUUAAGCAGUGACUUGUUUUACUUGGAUAAAGCCAUGAAUCCUUCGUAUGCACUUCUGGAUCUACCCGUGAAUGAGUGCAAGACUCUUGACGAAGACGGAGUGCUUUAUACUUUUAAAAAGGCCGAUCAUGCCAAAAUUUUGUUGAAGAACCUCGCCUUGAUGCAAGCAAAUGAAGGACUUUUGACAGACGUGGUCCUGCGCUCUACAUCCAAAGAUUACGAGGAGCCCUUUCAUUCUAUACUGCUUACUGCCUGCAGUCCUACCCUCAAACAGAAUCUUACAGGAAGGUACUUUGAUUUCACCGGCGGCAAACUCUCUUUGAAGGGAUUGAGCACAGAUGCACUUAUUGCCUUUCGUGUUUUCCUUUACAAAACAGAGUUCCCAUCACGUCAAGAACUGGUAGAUGGCCUUCGAAAGGUUGCUGCAACAUACGGAAUCGACUCUCUGAAAAAGCUUUGUGACCGUAACAGCAAUGAACAAAUGUCGGUGUUGUGGAAUAGUCACCGUGAAGGUUUGCUUUCGCAACUGUACGAGAUGUACCAAAAGUCUGAGUUGACCUCCUGUUUGUUAGACGAUGGUCAUGGUGUAACACAGGCAGUCCAUGCACCAGUUGUCGCAGCAGCAUCGCCAGUGUUGUGGACAAAUUUGGCAAAUGAUCUGUCCUCAUCAGAAGAGACAAGAUAUCGUCUAAAGGAGAUUGCGUCCCAUGUCUUGGAGGAUUUUGUGAAGUACAUAUAUACAGGUAAUGUUGCAGUGAACGGAGAAAACGUGGCUGGUCUUCUCAAAGCUGGAUGUGGUUAUGAGAUUCCCGCACUUGCAAGAGCCUGCUGCGAUUGGCUGGGUCUAAAGAUGGAUUGCUUUAAUGCAGUCAAUAUCCUGUGGCUGGCACGUGAGGAGAAUUGCAAAGAAACCAAGGUUCUUCAAGAAGAGGCCAAAAAUUUCAUAAUUGGUAACUUUAUAAGCGUUAGUGAAGAAGACGAGUUCGUCGAGCUUGAGUACGAAGAUCUGAAAGCGAUCAUACAGUUCGACGAUCUUAAUGUGAAUUGUGAAGAAGAAGUCUUUAACGCGGUUGCCAAAUGGGUUAGUGCUGAGGAUGAGCGCAUACGUUACCUACCAGAGUUGCUGAAGUGCACUCGACUGGAGAAUACAAGUCCCGAGUUCCUUCGAAGUCUUCUACAGCAUCCUCUUAUAAUGAAGAGUGUUCCGUGCGUUGAAUAUGUUCAAAAUGUCCUGGAAAGUCAAGUCUUGUCUCAUUUGCAAGAAGACACAACUCCAACUGAAACCUUUUACGAGUCUGAGCAAGCCUUCUACCCUAAUCAAUACGGCUUUGAAGACGCUAUUGCCAGUGACCUGACACCAGAAUUUCUGACGUCGAAGUUAGAGUUUCCCGAGUCAGAUAUACCAGCUAUGCAGACGCCAAGGAGGGGUCAAAGGAAGGAUGGAACUCCUGACAUGAGGUUUAAAGAGAACAGGCGAUCGUUAGGCCUGCAGAAUAAGGACCACUCUCCAGAUAUGCGGUUUAAAGUUAACAAACGAGGCCUCAACCCCGCUGUAAAAAAGGAUGGCAGUGCAGACAUGAGAUUAAAAAAAAACCGUCAAUCCCUGGGCAGAGAUGACGAGGGGCGACCACUGACAAAGGCAGGUACGCCAGAUAGAAGAUUCAAAGUAACGAGAGAUAAAGAAGCCAUGGUGCAAUCUUCUUUAAAGAGUGACAGAACACCAAGUACUGGCCCUGUCAAGAAAGACGGUACGCCUGACAUGCGCUACACUAUCAACAAAGAUGACAAAGGGCGACCACUGACAAAGGCAGGUACGCCAGAUAGAAGAUUCAAAGUAACGAGAGAUAAGGAGGCCACGGUGAAAUCUUCUUUAAACAGUGGCAGUACACUAAGCACUGGCCCUGUCAAGAAAGAUGGUACGCCUGACAUGCGUUACACUGUUAACAAACACCCCAACAGCCUGCUGACUUCAUCAAAAACAAGAUCAGCGAGUGCUCAGGUGAAUAGUUCCUCGCGUGUUGGUGGACCAUUAAAGAAAGACGGAACUCCUGACAUGAGAUAUGCAGUCAACAAACAGUCUUCCUCUCCCUCCCCUUCCAGCAGCUAUGUAUCAUAUAGAGGUUCAAGUGGCCCACUGAAGAGAGAUGGAACUCCCGACAUGAGGUAUGCAGUCAACAAACAGUAUACCUCUCCGUCUCACUCAAGCAGCUACAGAGGAAGUUCGUCACAGCUGUCAUCAUAUAGCAGUCUGAGUAGGCCAUGUAAGAGAGACGGAACUCCAGACAUGAGGUAUGCCGUUAACAAGGCGUUCAAUGGCAGCAGUCCUGCAUCCUCUGGCUAUUCCUCUGGUGGGUCCAUCUAUAGUUCGAGAUCAUCUCUCAGUGGAAAUGGAAGUGGGUCGAGUUCACGCGGUCCACUCAAACGCGAUGGUACUCCAGACAUGAGGUACGCAGUAAACAAGUCGUUUUAUGGUAGUUCACAGUCGGUUGGAUCUUCUUUUGGGGGAUCAAGCUACAGUUCCAGGCCAUCUUCCAGUGGAGGAGCCUCCCGAUCCAGCUCCUGUGGUCCCUUAAAGAAGGAUGGUACCCCAGAUAUGCGAUAUAAAGCUAACUGGCGGUAAAAAACUCCAAGUGCGAGAGGUAUCAGACUAUUUUUUUAGCCCAAUAUUUCCUUUGUCAUUUCGUGAUGAUUCUAUGAUAAGUGGAUUAAGAUCUCAUUGUUCUGGUUCUUCGUGUCAGGUCUCAGGCGGGCAGAAGGAUCAAGAGAUCUACUCCAUAAUUUCAGUGAAAACUUUUUAAUUAGGUGCGAGUUGUUCGAAGCAUGAUGAACAGUAAUCCAUAACCAACAUCUUUGGCAAAGAGUCCUCGAACAUCAUGGCUUUGUCGUCUAUGCUCUCUUUAACUUUUUUUUUAAAUAAAUGGAUUUUCUUUCCUGAACGCAAACGAAAAAAAUCUGCAUAUCGAUUUCUGCAAUAAGCCUGAAUGCAGCCUGCGAUCAUUAGCCAGCCAUAACAGUGAUGAUUUAAAUACAAAACCGCUUAACACUGAGACAUAGCUAGUUACCUACACAGUUAGGUGAAGCCUGAAGUAUGCGCCUUAAUCUCGUCACGUUAACCACAUACCACCCAUAUGAUAGCUAGAGUAAGCGCCAUUGUAUAUCAAGCUGGGUACUCUUGUGUGCAGAACAGGAAUUCUUUUGAUAGCUACACGUUCAAUGCUAACAGUUAUCUUAUUGAACAUCGGUUAUCUUAUCACUCAUGUGCGUUGAAGUACUUGCGCUGCAAGUACUUUGUCGAUAGAGCAGUUUGUAGAAAGGUGUUAGCCGGUAGCGAGGUUCUGAAAAUGGAACACCAACUGACUCGUAAAGUUUUUCGCCUGAGUCACUUGAUUUGUGUCAGAAUCACGACAGACGAUCAUGCAUCACGUCUCUUACACUAGGAUCAGAUGUAGGCACAGCACUGAUGUUAACUGCAACAUCUAAUCUUGAAUAACAUUAAAGCAAUGACAAAAAUAGGUUUUCAAAGAUUUAAUCGAAGAGUGGUCCAAAGCGCGCGGAAUGUUUAGUCAUUGCUAACCAUAAUACAUUAUGUUGCGUCAAUUUGUAUUAACUUCCUGUGUAUUGAUGGUUGAAGUAGCGCCACAGUUUCCUUGCAUGGAUCGAGUAGUGGUCUUCUUUAAAUGAUCACUGGCUUUUUAUUAGCGAAAGUGUCUUCGUUUUAACUCUUCGUGGUUGGGAUGGACAAUAAGCUGUCUAUAGUUGAAAGAUCAAUCUUAUUUUUAUAGCUCAUGAUCAUUCAUUGAAGUAGCUUUCUCCAUAUUUUUGUCUCAUAGCCCUUUGGGGAACAGUUUUAUAUACUUUGUUGCUACUUUUUUUGUAAUUUAGCUUGUUCUUGUUAAGAAAGAUAUACUGCAACACUCAUAACGCUAAACAUAAUAUUUGUAAGCUAAUAGUUUCAUGUGUUGACGAUUAAAAAUUUGGUUUUUUUAAAGCUCAA